GACUCCAAACCUAAUAACACCAGCAAUUGCAUUACUCCCUCCCCCCUCUCUCUCUGUCACUCAUAAACAUAGAGAGAAGCCACUCAUUACUACCAGCAGUAGGAAAUCAAAGAAGAGCCGAAAAAGAGAGGCUCAACCAAAAUGUUCGGAAGGGAUCCAUGGGGCGGGCCUCUGGAGAUAUCGAAUGCCGACUCUGCGACGGACGAUGAUCGGAGCCGGAACUUGCAGGACUACGACCGUGCGGCGCUGACGAGGCAGCUCGAUGAGACCCAGCAGAGCUGGCUGCUGGCCGGUCCUGGUGACGCGGCAGGUAAGAAGAAGAAGAAGUACGUGGAUCUUGGAUGCAUGGUCGUUAGCCGGAAGCUCUUCCUGUGGGCAGUAGGAUCGGCUGUCGGCAUCGGCCUCCUUAUCGGCCUUAUCAUGCUUAUCGUCAAGACAGUGCCACACCACCACCGGCCACCGCCGCCGCCUGAUCAAUACACCAAGGCCCUGCAUAAGGCCCUCAUGUUCUUCAAUGCCCAGAGAUCUGGUCCACUACCUCGGCAUAACAACGUAAGCUGGAGAGGGAACUCCGGCAUGAAGGAUGGCCUCUCCGACAGUGCAGUAAGAAAGAAUCUGGUUGGCGGAUAUUAUGAUGCAGGGGAUGCGAUCAAGUUCAACUUCCCCAUGUCGUAUGCAAUGACGAUGCUGAGCUGGAGCGUGAUUGAGUACAAAGCCAAGUACGACGCAGCAGGUGAGCUCGAACACAUCAAAGGAAUUAUUAAGUGGGGCACAGAUUACCUUCUCAAGACCUUCAAUUCCUCCGCCGACACUAUCGAUAGGAUUGCCGCUCAGGUCGGACAAGGGGACACUUCGAAGGGAUCAAACCCUAACGACCACCUCUGCUGGAUGAGGCCAGAGGACAUCGAUUACCCACGACCCGUCUAUGAGUGCCACAGCUGCUCUGACCUCGCUGGUGAGAUGGCGGCCGCCCUAGCUGCCGCAUCCAUAGUGUUCAAAGACAGCAGGACCUACUCAGACAAGCUUGCGCAUGGGGCAAGGACGUUGUUCAAGUAUGGAAGGGAACAAAGAGGGAGGUACAGUCCCGGAGGGUCAGACCCUGCCAUCUUCUACAACUCAACAAGCUAUUGGGACGAGUUUGUUUGGGCCGGAGCAUGGCUAUAUUUCGCCACUGGCAAUUCUUCCUACCUUCAGCUGGCUACCACUCCGGGUAUUGCCAAGCAUGCCGGUGCUUUUUGGGGAGGUCCAGAUUACGGGGUAUUUAGCUGGGAUAACAAGCUCACAGGAGCUCAAAUUCUUCUUAGUAGAUUGAGACUGUUCCUAAGUCCAGGGUAUCCUUAUGAAGAAAUAUUGAGGACCUUCCACAACCAGACAGGCAACAUAAUGUGCUCAUACUUACCAAUGUACAAGUCAUUUAACCGAACCAAAGGAGGUUUGAUACAGCUAAACCAUGGAAGGCCUCAACCACUUCAGUAUGUGGUUAAUGCAGCAUUUCUUGCUUCACUAUACAGUGAUUAUCUUGAUGCGGCUGAUACACCAGGAUGGUAUUGUGGCCCUAAUUUCUACUCGACAGAUGUCUUGCGUAAAUUUGCAAAGACUCAGAUUGACUACAUUCUUGGCAACAACCCUCAAAAGAUGAGCUAUGUUGUCGGAUAUGGUACACGUUACCCUAAGCACGUCCAUCAUCGAGGCGCAUCGAUCCCCAAGAAUGGGAUCAAGUAUAGCUGCAAGGGAGGAUAUAAGUGGCGAGAUACUAAGAAACCAAAUCCUAACACCAUUAUCGGAGCGAUGGUUGCAGGCCCAGACAAGCACGAUGGCUUCAAAGAUGUCCGCACAAAUUAUAACUACACAGAACCCACACUCGCAGGCAACGCGGGUUUAGUCGCAGCAUUGAUUUCUUUAUCCGAGGUUACAACUGGGAUUGACAAGAAUACAAUCUUCUCUGCCGUCCCUCCAAUGUUCCCAACUCCCCCGCCUCCGCCAGCAGCUUGGAAACCCUAAGAGUGACUCGAUUUACUUAUUCUUUUACAAGCCAGAAGCAAAGAAGCAUCAGGUAUUUAGUAAAUUGAUGGGCUACAGAAGACACAUAUAUAAGGCAAUAGAAUGCAAGUCAAGAAAAUUAUAAAGCUCCAAACAUUUUAUUCCACAAGUGCAAAAAUGUUUUUUUUCCCAAAGGAGGGCAUCUCGUGUGUAAUGUAUAACACUAGAAAGGCGAGGUAUUUUUUCGGGUUGAACUCUCGACUAGUGUUCUUUCAUGAGUUCAUUGUGUGCUACAUAAGGAACAGUAUUCUUUUUAUCAUCUUGCAGGAUUUGUAUGGUUAUGUUGUUGUAUGCAAUGAUGAAAAGUUACAAUUCAAAUAUCUAAAGCAAAUAUAUUCGAUUUCUUGUUUCUCUAA